AUGGAGAGUUCGCGGAGAGGCUUAGCGGAGCUGCUGGCGCCGUCCCCGAUACAAUCCGCUCCGCUUUUGGAGAUUAUAACUCUGGAGGAUUUCGAGUGUGGAGUCACGCAGCGGUGCGGGCGAAACGCGGUGCCAGCGCAACACGCAGCGGGAUAUCAGGAGGACUUUCAGGCGGAUUUUCAGGCCGCCGUGGAUUUUAUUCUGCGGGGAGACGUUGAUGGGGGGACGACUGGCAGGAGGGGAGCGCGUUCUGCGGCGGAAGAAGCGGAAGGGCGGUUGGAGGGUGAAGGCGCGGGGCUCGUUAUAAGACAAGGAAGAGACGCGUUGGAUGAGAGCGGGGAUGUGGUGAUGUCGGAUCUAAACACUGAAGAGACCUAUACCGCGGAUAAGCUUCUCACGCCGCCCUCCAGUGAGAAGUGGACACGUGGAGGGUAUCUUGACUUGAAUCGAAUCAGCGAUUUCCUGGAUCUGCAGAUGGCCAAAAUCAGCGAAUCUUGUGCUGCUAGACGACAAGAUUUGGGCGGCACAAGUAACAGGAGUAGCAUGGGCAGUACCAUAACCAAUCCCGCCGCGGAAGGCCUUAUAGGCAGAUUAGGACCGCCUAUAGUCUACAUGCUACGUAGCUCGUUCUCAGGGGAGAUUAAAGUAGAGGGGGGCGGGCCAUGGGGGCCUGCGGAAAGGGCUGGGGGAGGAUCGGAGGGGGAGGCGGAGGGUGGGGGAGUGGGGAGCAGCCGCGGGCGGGGGAUUGCGGAUGCUGCUGCGGCGCUGCGGAGCAUAUGGGCGGGGGAGGACAUGGAAGGGGUUGAGAUUGAGGGGAUAGAGUGGGCAGGCGCAGGGGGGGGCGCAGGGGGGGAAGCAGGCGGAGGGGGAGGCGGGGGGGUAGGAUGGGAAGGGUUGUUGCUAGAGUCCCUGGGCAGAGUGGGAGGAGCGGGAGGAGCAGGAGGAGGAGGAGCAGGAAGGGGAGCAGCAGGAGCAGCAGGGGGGCGGUCAAGAAGCAGAGGCAGGGCACGAGAGGACCUAGGAGGCGGGUUGAUCCUCGAAUCCCUCAGCAGUUUCAGCAGCGCACACGCCAACGUGUGCGUGUAUGCCGGCCGGUGGCAGUACGAGGCGACUCUAGGCUCCUCCGGCAUUCAGCAGAUCGGGUGGGCGACUCUCGCGUGCCCUUUCACUGCGGAGGAGGGCGUGGGGGACGCGCCCGACUCGUAUGCGUUUGAUGGGAAGAGGGUGCGGAAGUGGAGUGGGUGGUCGGCGCAGUAUGGGCAACCAUGGGCCGCGCAUGAUGUGAUUGGGGUGAUGGACUUGCUUCACCUGUGCCUGGAGGAGCAUGAGUGGUCCGGGAUCAUUCCCGCCCUCAUGGACGCCCUAGCCUUCCACUCCCGAACCUCCCUCGUAGGCUCGGCAGCACUUACCGUGCCGAACUCCGGUGCAGGAGCAGAAACAGUUUCCGGCUCGGGAAAACCACCAGAGGUUUGGCAAGGGGGGCGGGAUCCGUACCCGUACCUAUCCCUGGCCUGCCACUUAGCUAAGCGACAAGAAGUACUAAGCGCGUGGUGGGCUGCAGACGGAUUCUCCACCAAUUUAGAGGCGUUUUUAACCCGCAAAGUAGCCACGAGAGUGGAUCUGCAGAGGCUGUUUCCCUCGCUGUGGUGGCCUGGGUGCAAGGAGGAGGACUGCAGUGCAGCAGCGUUGGAAGAAAGCAAACAGGCGCUAGUCAAAGCAAUGACCAGGGUGGAGCUCUGUCAAGUGUCGCUCUGCCGCUCGCUCCUCUUCUUUGUCCCCUCUAAGAGCAUCACAGGGACUUCCUCGACUUACUCGCUUGCGACUGGCGGGGUGCUUGCUCCGUUUCUGAGGAGUCUCAUUCGCAAGAACCGGGCGGCGAACAGGAAUAUUGUGCCCCCCGGGCUCUCGGACAGUAGCGUGCUGGUGACGGCGUUUUUUGUCCUCUUGCGGUUGCUGUGGGCGGGACUGGUGGGCCGUGGAUCCGGGAAACUGCAGAAGGCAAAGAGAGGCUGCGCUACAGCAGCAGGGCAUGGUGCAGGCGGUGGCACAGCUGGAGGACGCGGACAGGCAGAUCAGAACCCUCUUCCAUCACUUCUCCUUGCCUUCUAUCCCAUCCCCCUCCCCUUUUCACCCCCUUCACAGGCAGCACUGCAGCAGCAGGGCAUGGUGCAGGCGGUGGCACAGCUGGAGGACGCGGACAGGCAGAUCGCUGCUGCCAUGGGGGGGCGCGCGGAGGGAGCACCAGGGGAACGUGCUGGCGCAUCUGGGGGAGGUACAGCUGGAGGGGUUGCACGCAGGGGAGGGGAAAGUACAGCCACGGGAGGUGCAUCUGGGGGAGGUGCAUCUGGGGGAGGUGCAUCUAGAGGGGGCGUGGGAGGGUCAGUGCGGGCGCAGAAGCUGAGGGAGGCGAGGCAGGUGUUCCGAGAGGAUGUGGAUGAGAAUGUGAGGCUUGCAGUGUGGUGGAGAGCGGUGCUGGGCGGUGCGGCGUGGAAGCAGAGGGCGCUGGUGGGGGUGAGCAGGAGGGUGAGCUCGCUGCUGCUGGCUGCCAGCAAGAGGCGGCACAUCUUUGCCUAUAUAUCCUUCCUGCUCACGAGGUUCAGCGAUGCAAGGAUCGCCAAUCCAGACACCAGGGACCAGCUGCUACAGACGCUCUCUGUGCUGCUGCAGCUGCCGCCCUUCUCCGUCGCACUAGAGACAAACAAGGCCGCGCGCACCUGCUUCAUGCCCAGCCUUCUCAACGCCUUUGACCAGCGCUUCUGGAUACCCGUCUCUCAGGUGAUUCGUCAGGCGUCUGUGCCUCUCAGGGUGGUUAUGAAACACAGGCUGUUUGAGGUUCUCUGUGAGGCUGCUCCUGAGGUGUUUUUACCUGUGGGGAAAGGAGGUCGGGGGAAGGGAGAGAUGGCUCUAGAAGGAGGUGAAGCAGGAGGAGCAGCAGCAGUAGCAGGAGGAGGAGAGGGAGGAGGGGGAGGAGGAGAAGGAGGAGAAGGAGAGAUGCAAGGAGUUUCAGGAGGAGAGGAGGGGAGCAGGGCAAGGGGGGAGCGAGUCACCCAGGGCGAGGGAGAGGGAGAAAGAGAGCACGUUGAAGCCCAAGGAGAAGCAACGGCAGCUGCAGCACCCGCCACCUCGCCUGCUUCCGCCACGUCUCCUGUGCCGUCUGCAUCCGACAGUUCUUUGGACCCGGAGAUGAACCGCAUGCGCCUGUUUGAGCUGCUGCUCUUCAUCCUCAACCACACCUGCUCCGGUGCCGAUGCGCGCGCUCUUGAUGGUGUCCUGCAGGCCCACGUGUCCCCAUCCGACCAAUCAUCGCGCCCCAUGGUGCUCGCACCCCUCGUGGGCAUCGUGGGCGGCCUCUUCUCGCACGCGCUGCGGGCCAAUGGCAGCGCGCCAGCUGGCAUGGUGCGGUCGGUGCUGCAGGCAGACCCCUCCCUGGACUGCCUGGCGGGGCUGGGUUACCUGUUGGGGUUCGACUGGGUGAGUUGGGUGAAGCGAAUAAGGGAGGGAGUAGGAACCGAGUGGGAAAGUUAG